AAAUACCAGGAGAAUAAACUUAGAACAUGCCAAAGGGCAAUGGAACUAAGCAUGCUAGGCAAAAGAAAAAUAGAAAUCAAACAGCACCAUUAGGAAGCCAACAAAAGCUCGAGAUGUUUUAUUGACAUUGAACCCAUGGAGAUGGGCUAACCACAUGAUAAGAGGUGAAGAAAAAUGGAGUAAGUCAGUAACCUAAUGGAUGGAGUAAGAAUGGGGAAGAGAAGGAAAGGGAAUCCACUCAAGAGAUGGGAGGACGGAUAGUUCAGUUAGUGGAGAAAACUUGGACAAGCCUGGCUAGGGAGAGGUAAAAGUGGAAAGAGUUAGAGGAAAUAAAUAAGAUAAAAUUAGUGAAUGCCAAAUGAUUUACUGCAAAAUAAAGUUUAUACCACUGAUAUGCGUAAUAAUAUUAUGACAUUGAAAAGGAAACAAAUACAAGGCAGACUCAUGACAACCAACGAUGGGCAUAUAGGCCUCCCCCAAAGAAGAUGCCUGGAUCUGUCCGCAUCCAGGCAUUUCCCUCUAAAUUCACCUAAGUUGAUCAGAUGAUAGUGGCCAUCACUACAGAUAUUCUCAGAAAACUCAAUAUCAACACAUAUAAUCUACCUCAAAAAUCUCAACAGAUCUUAUCUCAAACGGCAAAAGAUCAGAUUUCCCUGAAAAUAGACAAACUAGAUCCUAUAGCUCUCUCCCUUCAACACUCUAGACUUGUUGCCUCAAAAUUUGAGGACGAAUAUCAAAUAUUGAAACUAAAACAGAAAAACGCAGAGUUGCAGAUGAAAAUAGAUCGUAACAGAAAGUUUUUGGAUGAUUUAAUAAAGGAGUUGCAAUGUUCGAGAGAAUCUUUGGUAUCGCGAAUACCAAAUCCUGAAAACAUCCAAGAGCACAGUAGGCAACUAAAGCUUAAAGUCGUUACGUAUGAAGAUAAUUAUGAGAAAGUAAGGGCGAAAUUUAACAAGCUGUCCGUUCCCCUUGAAGUAUAUCCCAAGUCAUUGAUGGAUUUGACGAGCACGUUGGCUGCGCUACGAGAUGAGGCCGCGACCUGGCGCCAGCGAGCCGACGACGUAGCGCUUGCGAUGGAGGCCAAGAAAACGUUCAAUAAAUUAAGGAGGGCAUAGUAUCAAUAUACUCCUUUCUCCGACGUGGCGCUUGCGAGGAACACGUUUAAUUAAUUAAGAAAUAAGUCGUGUCGAUUCUGGCAUGAUUCUCUAAAUCAGGGAUGGGCAAACAAAGGCCCCGAGCGCUAUCUCCG